CCCGCACAGUAUGGAAGCAACAGAAAGUAUCUUGAUAUGAAUUCAAGCAGACUAUGUUCUAAUAAUAACAGUACAGGGGUGGAGAGUAUGCAUGAGUGUGUGAAAGACAAAAGGUUUGUCCUCUGUGACAACCCACCAGAGGGGAACUUCAUGGUGUUGAUGACUCAGCUGACUGCUGAGGACGGAGGAAUAUACAGGUGUGUGGUGGACAACGCCUCUCGUUUGGUCUCCACAGAUGUACAGCUGAAGAUUAACACAGCUGACGGCAGAAGAUGCUGGAGAGUACUGGUGUGGAGUACAGGCAGCUGUAGGUGAAUCCAUCACUAUGAUCAGCAGGACCCAACUAUUUGUUGAACCUGAAGCUCCACCAUCAUCAUAUCAUGCUACCUAUGCAUUUAUCCCCAUGGCCGUGUUUGGAGUAGUGCCUUUUGUAUACAUGAAAUGCAAAAGGAAGAUAUCAGUUUCUGCUGCCCCUAGCCGGAAAACUACUGCUCCUUCUGCCACACCAGAGCCGGCUGUUUAUGAAAAUGAUCUGACUACAACAUCACAGGAUGAAGUUCCAUCGAACACCACAGCACCUGAGUCAGUCUACCAGAGCCUGAACCCCAACAUCAUGGUACAAGAUCCAGUUUAUCAUCAGCUGAACCCCAACACCAUGGUGCAGUAUCCAGUAUACCAGAGCCUGAACCCCAACACGAUGGUACAGGAUCCAGUUUAUCAUCAGCUGAACCCCAACACCAUUGUGCAGUAUCCAGUCUACCAGCACCUGAACCCCAAAACCAUGGUACAGAAUUCAGUCUAUCAUCAGCUGAACCCCGACGCCAUGGUACAGGAUCCAGUCUACCAGCACCUGAACCCCAACACCAUGGUACAGAAUUCAGUCUAUCAUCAGCUGAACCCCAACACCAUGGUACAUGAUCCAGUCAACCAGUGCCUGAAUCGGGUGUAAUCACUGUGACGAAUCUGGUCAGCAACAACUGUAGUUUGCGGUUUCUCCUCCUAAAUCUCUUCACUAAAAUAUACAUUUUCUUCAGAGUAAUUAUGAGUGGAAGAAAAACUUUUUUAUCCAAACUUUAAUGUGCAGCCAACACAUUAGGACUUCAAAAUCAUAUUUCGGGGCACAGCUCUUGUAAGUUGCAUGGCUGGUUUUCUCGGUUAGGGACUCCCUACGUCUAUGCUGUAUAGCUAUGUGAACGAUUCACCUUUUACAUGUUCGUUUAGCAUCAAAUUGGCUUCGUAAAGGUGAACAUUUUGCAUAGUGUGCCUUUAAGGAAUGUGUUCGUAGUGAAAUUAGAAAAUACAUAAUUUAGUCAUUGUUUUCAACCCUCUCUGCGUUCAAAUCGCUAUAUCUCGAAAUAGUUUUCCACGACAUAGGACUCAUUUUGUCGUGGUAUUGAGAUCAAAGUAUUUGGAACAAUUUGACAACAAUUUGUUUUUGUCAAGUGACACACGUUGCAUGAACU